AAUGAAUUUGAGUUCAAACAAUUUCAAUUACAAGAGGUAUCAACUUUGUAUGUGUUUUGCUGCAGAUACAAAAGAACAAACACCACAAACUAUUCCAUUAGAUUAUAGCAAUAUGAAAUGUAAUCAACAGGGAUAUGCCAAAUUUCCAAAACAAUGACAACCACCAAAUCCAUGCUUGUCAUUACAGCCACCCGUCUAUAUUCCAAUCCAAGAGACCAAAAAAGAAAAAGAGAAAAUCAGCUGGCCUAAUUAAUAAGCCUCACCUUCAUUGUUUCUAUCCAUUGCCAAUCUCGUGCAUUCUCACCAUCUCACCUUACUCUUCAGUUCACCUGCAAGAAAUCAUUUCUCUUCGAGUUUUAGAUUAUUUAUCUUUCAAAGCCAGCAAUCCCAAUUCAAGAGAGCCAAGCCAUGGCUGUCUGUAAAAGCCCCCAACACAUCUUUGAAAACCAGUUCCCUGAAAACCAAACCCUUCUUGAGUCAGUCAUGUCAACAUGGAGCCAGAAUGUUGUUAAUCCUGUCAAUCAAACUCAGGGGUCUUCAUUCUCUGAGGUAUUUGGUGACCUCUAUUCCAAAGACGGUUUGUCUUCACAGUUACACGAGCCAAAUUUAUUAUCUUCUUCCAUAGAUUCAAGCCAAAUGUCAACAAACAAAAACCAGAACAAGAAGGAAAAAAAGAAAGAAGAGUACCCUUUUUCAUUCCCUCUUGGAAACAAUCAUUAUUCCAGCUGCAGCAAGAUUGAUGUUGGGUUUUCCUUGGUAAAGUCAGAAAGUCUACAACUUUGUACAGAGGGAUUGGGGUCAGAAAGUUCAGAUGAUGUCGAGGAGAACUUUCAAGUUGAGAUGAUCAAAGAAGAGAAAAUGGUGAGUGCUUCUGUCAAGCAUGUUGCAUCUGGGACUUCAAGUGGGGAACUUAGGAGGUCAAGGACGAGUAGACAAGAUUUCCCUCCACCUUUAUCUUUCAUAGGAAAGAGUGCAAAGACAGGAGUUCGCUUCACUUCGUAUAGACAAGAUGGAAGGUUUGUCUUGAAAGAAAUAAGAAUUCCCAUUCAGGAAUUUCUUCAAGCACGUAGAGAGGAUGGACGUUUGAAACUGCAAAUUGUUCAACCCAGUGAUUAUAUCGUGGAAGAGGAUGAUGAAGAAUUUGAAGAGCAUGAUGCUGAUGAAGCAGAGAAUGAAAAAAUUGAAGAAGAAAACUAAGUUAGGAACAAUGGUCAAUCUUGGUUGAACUUGAAAGUGAUAGCCUCAUCCAUUGUUGUUCUGUGCAAGGUUCUCAACAUUAGUUUUCCUUCCCAAAACAUGGAAAGAAAAUGGAGAAAUGGGGAAAAGAAAGUGCAAAAUUACUGUCCAAUCUUCUUUCUCCUUCUGUGUAUUAAUCAAGAAAAAAAAAUGUAUAGAACUACAGAAAUGGAUCAGCUAAAUAUUCUUGGUUACAGAUAGAUAAAUGGGAGUGUUGCAUUGCAUUUAGUUUCUUGAAACACAGAAAAAGCAACCAAGCAAACCAGAAAUUUAUAAUCACUUAAGUGCAAUACUGUGCAUUGUUAUUCAAUUCUUGAAUGGAUACAUAAGCUCCAAAAGCAAUUCCAGUUGGUGAA